CAAUGCAAGAUAACCAGACUUAUAUAUAAAAAACUUAUCUACAAAAUAAAAAUGAAGGUAUGGUUUAUAAUGAUUGUGAGGAUUGAAUGCAAUUAAAAUGUUAGCUCAAAUUAAGAAUCAAUUUAUAUUGUAAGUAAUUGAAUAUCUUGAAAAUGAAGAACAAUAAUUAGUUAUAAUAUAAGAAUAUUGUGAUUAAGGGGAUCUUAAAACUUUUACUUUACAACACAUCGGUUACAAAAUGUAAGAAAGCAUAAUUUGGUCACUCUUUUUAUAAAUGGCAUAUGCUCUCUUAUAAUUAAAUGAACUUGGAAUAUAACAUAGAGUAUUAAUUCCUGAAAAUAUUUUACUAUUAGUAAGAACUGAAGGAUAUUAAAUUAGAAUUACAGAUUUCCAUAAAUCUUCUAGAUAAACUCUUUGUUAAUUACCUUGUGCUGCUAUUUAUUUACCAUAUGAAUACUUUUUUGAAGGACAUUAUACUUAAAAAUCACAUAUUUGGUAAAUUGGUCAUAUUCUUUAUUUUAUGGUUUCAUAAAAAUUACUAUUCCCAACAACAACUCUAGAAAAUCAAGUUAAAGAAUAAUUAAGGAGAGGUCGAAUACAAAUUAAUAUACCUGAUAUAUAUUCUCCAGGUUUAAUCAAACUUAUUAAUGUCUGUUUGACAAUAAGAGAAAAUUAAAGACCAAAUAUUUUAUAAAUUUUAAGAAUGAAAGAAGUUAAAGAUGCUUUGACAAGACCAUAUUAUGAAUUUUCAUUAGAUUAAAGGAGACAUCUUAUGUAUUGGAUUAAUAGUUCAGAAACUGCAAUAUCAAAUCCAGUUUAAUUUACAUUUAAUGAAUUUGAUUUACAUUCUCCAAGAUAAAUUCAAAGAGAUGUAGUAGUCAAAAAGAAUUUCAAAAAUACUAAAUUACCUGAAAUAUUUUAAUAAAAUUAAAAUGCUAAAAAAUCAUCUACUGAUAGACUUCCAGAAUCAGAUAAUAUUAGAACAGAAACUAAAAGAAAGGAGGAUUUGUAUUUACAAUAGUAAUUGUUAUCAAAAACCUAUACAAAUAAAUAUUUCUAAGGUGUUGUUAAACCUAUAAGUUUUCAUAAGAAAAAAUAAAUUAUUAAUAAUACUGAAUUACCAAAAUUUUCUAUUCCUUAUUAAAAACAAUUAGAUCCUGUAUUUCAAAAUCUUUUAGAAAAUAAAAAAUAAUUAUGUGAUCGAUGGAUUGGAGAAUCUGAAUAUAUGUUCUUAAGAUCAUAAAUUAAAUUUAAUGUAAUAUUUCCUAAUAAACAAAUAGAAAACUGAUAAAUUACUCAAUUAUUUGUAAACAAGGCAUCCAAAAGUUGAUAGUAGUGUUAUAUUGUAAUAAAUUAAUGAUAUUGCAGAUUUAGAAGAAUAAAGAAGUUUUUAUAAAAAAUUAUGAUAUUUAUUUAUUUAAAAAUAGCAAUUACAUUAACUUAUUUAUUAUUUUAUUAUAAACUANGAUUUCCAUAAAUCUUCUAGAUAAACUCUUUGUUAAUUACCUUGUGCUGCUAUUUAUUUACCAUAUGAAUACUUUUUUGAAGGACAUUAUACUUAAAAAUCACAUAUUUGGUAAAUUGGUCAUAUUCUUUAUUUUAUGGUUUCAUAAAAAUUACUAUUCCCAACAACAACUCUAGAAAAUCAAGUUAAAGAAUAAUUAAGGAGAGGUCGAAUACAAAUUAAUAUACCUGAUAUAUAUUCUCCAGGUUUAAUCAAACUUAUUAAUGUCUGUUUGACAAUAAGAGAAAAUUAAAGACCAAAUAUUUUAUAAAUUUUAAGAAUGAAAGAAGUUAAAGAUGCUUUGACAAGACCAUAUUAUGAAUUUUCAUUAGAUUAAAGGAGACAUCUUAUGUAUUGGAUUAAUAGUUCAGAAACUGCAAUAUCAAAUCCAGUUUAAUUUACAUUUAAUGAAUUUGAUUUACAUUCUCCAAGAUAAAUUCAAAGAGAUGUAGUAGUCAAAAAGAAUUUCAAAAAUACUAAAUUACCUGAAAUAUUUUAAUAAAAUUAAAAUGCUAAAAAAUCAUCUACUGAUAGACUUCCAGAAUCAGAUAAUAUUAGAACAGAAACUAAAAGAAAGGAGGAUUUGUAUUUACAAUAGUAAUUGUUAUCAAAAACCUAUACAAAUAAAUAUUUCUAAGGUGUUGUUAAACCUAUAAGUUUUCAUAAGAAAAAAUAAAUUAUUAAUAAUACUGAAUUACCAAAAUUUUCUAUUCCUUAUUAAAAACAAUUAGAUCCUGUAUUUCAAAAUCUUUUAGAAAAUAAAAAAUAAUUAUGUGAUCGAUGGAUUGGAGAAUCUGAAUAUAUGUUCUUAAGAUCAUAAAUUAAAUUUAAUGUAAUAUUUCCUAAUAAACAAAUAGAAAACUGAUAAAUUACUCAAUUAUUUGUAAACAAGGCAUCCAAAAGUUGAUAGUAGUGUUAUAUUGUAAUAAAUUAAUGAUAUUGCAGAUUUAGAAGAAUAAAGAAGUUUUUAUAAAAAAUUAUGA